AUGCUAGGUCAUGCUGCUUGUCGUUCUGGCGAGUACACCGAGUAUGCAGCUCAUUCAGAGGGGCUUUACCGACUGGUGAAAGUCUGCCGCUCCGGUGGCGCGCCCAUGGCCACUGACAUUCUCCGUGCUGUGUUCUGGCAAGACAUUACGUGUGCUGAGGUCAUUGACGCGGUGCGGAGAUUUUGCGAUGCAGAUUUUCCGGCCUUGUUCGACCAAAGGCUGCAGCUUACUCACAAACCUGAAAGAGACCUACCGUUUGGGUUCGCUUUACACCAGGAAGCAAUUCCCCACGACGUCAUUUUGUGCAUCCAGGACAUUGCAAGCAUACAGACAACAAUAGCAACGGAGGCUGUUGAGCCCGUGGCUGUCGAUAACAUCCGAGCAUCGAUAGUAUCCCGCCUUGUCCUCCUCCAACAACCUUCGCAGACCCUUGGACCCAUAGCCGAGUGCUGUCGACUAGCAGCAUACAUAGUCUGUUACGUAAGCUACCAGGCGGCCUCGAAGGACUACUUUAUUCCCGUUCGCCUGUCAGAGAAGCUACUUCUCAUUCUUGAUAAUACCAUUCCGAGCGACAUCUGGUCUUGUCGGCGCGACUUGUUACUGUGGCUGGUGUUCGUGGGAUCAUCUGCUUCUCGAGCCAAUCUGCAAUCGACCUGCCCGAUAGAACCUCGGUAUCAAGAUAUCCUAGAGCGUGUCCUACAGUGGGCGAAGACCUGGGACGAUAUGCAGGAAGGCAAGUUGAUCCUUGAAACUAUGAAGACUGGAUUUGUUUACGCCGAUGACUGGAUCAAUCAACGGUACUGGAUUCCUUAUUGGGCCGACCUCGAACGACUGAUUUCGGAAAGACAGUCGGCGGACGAAGAGAGGGCUCAAUGCUAGUAAGCUACGCUUCGAUAUCUGGCGACUUCAGGUUGUUUGCUUUCGAAUGAACUUUGGGGCCAAAAGACUUCUUCGUCCUACCUUGAUGCAAGG